AUGGCAUUCAAGUUCCUGACUUUCUGCGCCCUGGUGGCAGUCGCUCGUGCCGGUGUCAUCUCUGCGCCUCUUUCCUAUGCGGCUCCACUCCAAACCAAGACUCUCGUAGCGGCUCCACUCGCCAAAACUGUUGUCGCUGCUGACGAGUACGACCCACAUCCGCAGUACUCGUUCUCCUACGUAAUCGCCGACUCCCUGACCGGCGACCAGAAGUCGCAGCAGGAGUCCCGUGACGGUGACCUGGUUCGCGGAUCCUAUUCCCUCGUUGAACCGGACGGUACCAAGCGCAUCGUUGAGUACACCGCCGAUGACCACAACGGAUUCAAUGCGAUCGUUCACCGGGAACCGCUGGCCGUCAAGAGUGCCAUAGUCGCUCAACCGGCUAUUGCUCCGCUAGCUACCAAGACCAUCCUUGCCCAGCCGGCACUGAAAUCUUACGUCGCUCCACUGGCCACCAAGACUGUCAUCGCUCAGCCAGCACUGCAUGGAUAUGCUGCCCCGGCCGCUCUGUAUCAUCACUAG